GUAAUCGAGACCCUUAUAUACGGCGCCCAAUCUGUGGGUCAGAGCACAGUCUUCGCGUCCGACUACCAGAAGGCAAAAAAGCCAUUGAGUGCUACAAACAGUUUACUCGUUACUGAAAAACCAGACAAAUGUGACGGAAAUAUCACAUUCAGGGGCUGUUUCUUCAAUUAUCCCAAUAGACCCGAUGCUCAGAUUCUGAAUGGACUGUCAUUUAAAGUAAGCAAAGGGGAAACGGUAGCACUUGUCGGGUCAAGUGGUUGCGGAAAGUCCACAACAAUUCAAUUAUUGGAAAAGUUUUAUGAUUUAGAUCGUGGAAAGAUUUUUAUGGACGGAAAGAAUAUAAAUUCAUUGGACACCCAAUGGAUGCGCUCACAAAUGGCACUCGUAUCACAAGAACCAAAUCUAUUCAGUUAUAGUAUUCGUGAGAACAUCGCUUACGGCGAUAACUCACGUGUUUUGCCGAUGGAUGAGAUAGUGUCGGCCGCACAGAAGGCCAACAUUCAUAACUUCAUUAAAGACUUACCCAACGGUUACGACACAAUAUGUGGAUCAAAGGGCGCGCAACUCUCUGGUGGACAAAAGCAAAGGAUAGCAAUCGCGAGGGCUUUGGUCAGAAAUCCACAGAUAUUACUAUUAGAUGAGGCGACCUCUGCUUUAGACACCGCAUCCGAAAAAUUAGUUCAGGACGCUUUGGAUGAGGCCUCGAAGGGAAGGACAUGUCUAGUGAUCGCACACAGACUGACAACCAUUCAAAACGCCAACAGAAUUGUUGUCAUUCAA